AGGGCCGGCCACAGCGGGGGAGGGGCAGUGUCCAGAGAUAGGGCUGGUCCACGGGCGUGAGGCCAGAGCUGUCAGUGGGGGCCGGUGGGUCCUCCACACCGCACCCCAACCAUGGACAGGCAGCAUCCUGAAAGGCCACACAGCCGCGCCUCGGCCAGCAGGACGCCGUCAGCCCUGUCCUUCAACGCCAGAAUCUCCCCCCAUGUCUCCACAUCCAUGAAGGACCCAUCUUGCACAAAGGGACCUCAGGACUCUGACUACAGGGACAGAAGGUCAUACCCCACCACCAUCCUCCUCCACAAAACACAGAGCAGCCAGGCCGCCCUGAUGCCCCAGGAGCACAAGAUGUUCAUGGAGGAAGCCUACAACUCAGCCAUCUGCUUCAAGAUGUUCCGGGACAUGAGUGGUUCCGAUCCCUUCCACCUGAAGUACAUCUUCAAGAAGAUCAAGAACAUGGCUCACGUGUCCCCCAACCUAGUGUUGGAGUCCAUCCACGACUACUUCAUAGAAAACCCGGAGAUCUCCACCCGGCACAAGUUCCGGCUGUUCCAGGCCCUGGAAAUAGUCAUCAGAGCCAGUGACUUCCUGGACGAGAGCUGGGAGAAAAUCUUCACGAAGCUGGCCCUGGAGAACAUGGCCAAGUCCACGGAGCUGGAAGACGCAUUCCAGGACGCGGCCAGCAACGUGCUGGCGGCCAUCUGCAAGCACUCGUGGCGGCCCGUGGCCCAGCACCUGGAGGCAGAGCUGCUGACGGGCGUCUUCCCGCACCGCAGCCUGCUCUACGUGAUGGGCGUCCUGUCCUCGGAGGAGGAGCUGCUCAACAAGGAAGACAGGGCGAGCUGGGAAGAGCAGCUGACCCAGAUGGCCGUCAAGUCGGUCCCGUUCCUGAACACAGACGUGUGGUCCAAGGAGCUGCUCUGGGCACUCACCAAGCCCAGCCGGACCCAACAGGAGCUGCCCCCAGAAAAGGCCUUCCUGUUCACCUACUACGGGCUGAUCCUGCAAGCCGAAGGGAACGGUGCCACAGUCAAGACACACCUGCGAACCCUCCUGGAAACGUCCCACCAGUGGCCCAAGCAGAGGGAGGGCAUCGCUCUCACACUGGGGCUGGCCGCAGUCCAACACCUGGAUGAUGUCUGGGCCAUUCUGGAACAGUUUGGCCGGAGCGCACCCAUCAAGUGGAGCCUCCACAGCUUCUCCCAGAAGAACUUGGAGGACCUGCGGUGGAAAUGGGCCAGCAGCACCAUGCUCCUCGCGUACGGCCAGGUGGCCGCCAGGGCCAGGGCCCACAUCCUGCCCUGGGUGGACAACAUCUUGUCGCGGAUGAUCUUCUACUUCCAGUACAGCUCCUGGGAUGAGACCCUGAAGCAGAGCUUCCUCACCGCCGUCCUGAUGCUCACGGCCGCCAUCAGCCGGGGCGAGGGCGCCCACAGCUAUGAGUUCUCCCAGGUCCCCGAGCUGCUGCAGUGUCUGAUGGUUCUGAUGGAGAAGGAGCCCCAGGACACCCUGUGCACGCAGAGUCGCCAGCAGACCCUGCACAUCAUCUGCAGCCUCUGUAAUCUGAGGCCACCCCUGAACUUGGACAAGAAAUCGCAGCUGCUCUCCACCUGCUUGCGCAGCGUGUUUGCUCUGCCACCGCUGGAGACCCUGGAGAAACACACCUGUCUCUUUCUGGAGCCGCCCAAUAUAGAGGCCCUGUUCAACAAGACUGCGGAGGCGCUGGACCACAUGCUGCAGAGCUUCAUCACACUGAACCCCACGCACAAGGAGCUGCACUUCCUGCUGUCGCACAUGUACAUCUGGCUGGCAUCGGAGAAGGCACACGAGCGGCAGCGGGCUGUUAGCAGCUGCACCAGCCUCCUCAAAUUCCUGAGGCACAACAUCCACCUGGACCCAAAGGAGAACUUCAAGCGGAUUGGGCAGCUGGUGGGCAUGCUGGGGAUCCUCUGCGGGGACCCAGACAGGGCCACCCAGCGCUCCAGCCUAGAAGGGAUGGGCCAUCUCUACAAGCUCCUGACGUACCAGAAAGGGGAAGCCCCACAGGUAGAAUCUCAGAGCCCCAAGGCGCUCUCCCAACCCACUGAGGAUGGAGCCCCCGUCUGGGGCAGCGGGGACCAGAGGGCCACUCCUUCACACUCCCAGGAGAUGGCGUUCCCAAAGGAGAAAGACCACAUCUUCCAGCUCAGCAGCUCCGAAGUCAUCAAGGAGAUCACACAGCAUCUCACGAUGACGGAGCUGAAUAACGUCCUCUGGACAGCCAUCAACAGCCUGGGCUCCAGCAGCCCCUUCCGCGUGCAGGCAGCUGCCGAGAUGCUACUUGCUGUGGUCGAGGAGCAUGGGGUCAAGCUGCAGACCGUGGCCAACAUGGGCCGGGCCAUCCACCUCCGCCUUUGCUCUCUGCGCAUCCCCCAAGCCAAGGAAAACACCCUGCGCGCCAUCACCCUGCUGGCCCGGAGCCACAUCCCCGAGCUGGUGGCGACCUUCCUGGACUUCUCCAUCCCCCUGGACAGCCAUGCCUUCGAGCUGUGGAAGGCCCUGGGGACUGAGCAGCCGCUGAGCCACCUGGUGCUGGCCAUGCUGCUGACCUGGCUGCACCAUCGGCCCCUGCCUACCGGUGCCAGUGACAGUGGCCCCAAGGAGAAGCCCUACCUGCGCUCGCUGGCCGCAAUGAACACGCUGCACGAGAUGCAGUUCGCCCGAGAGUUCAAGGACGCCGUGCAGGAGGCCUACCCCAAGCUCUUCCUGGCCUUCCUCACCCAGAUGCACUACAUCUUGGAGCUGAACCUGCCCAAGGAGCCCCAGCCCAGGCAGCAGGCCCAGGGGACGGCCACACCCAGCCCCCUGAGCACGUCGCUGGAGGCACUGAAGAGCCUGCUGUCCACCACAGGGCACUGGCACGAUUUCGCCCAUCUGGAGCUGCAGGGCGCCUGGGAGCUCUUCGCCACCAUCCACACCUACCCGAAGGGUGUGGGCCUCCUCGCCAGGGCCAUGGUGCAGAACCACUGCAAGCAGAUCAAGGCAGUGCUCAGCCAGCUGCUGUCCAGCCUGCAGAAGAGCCAUCAGGAGCGGGAGAGGAAGGCAGCCAUGCUCAUCCUCACUGAGUUCCUCUACAGCCCUGCCCUGCUGGAGGUCCUCCCCAAACAGGCUGCCCUGACUGUGCUGGGCCGAGGCCUCAGGGACCCCAGCCCCGAGGUCCGCGUGUUGAGCCUGCAGGGCCUGGGGAACAUCCUCUUCCAGCCGGAGAAGGGAAACCUGCUCCGAGGGCAGCUGCCAUUCUUCUUCGAAGGAUUCUUCCAGAACAGUGAGACAGUGAUCGUGCGAAUCAUGAAUACCGUGUCAGACAUGCUGCACUGCCUGGGCUCGCAAGGUGCAGGUGCCCAGAGCCUCGGCGUCGCCAUCAACGCCCGCUCAUUCUUCGAUGACGAGCGGGACAAGAUUCGGGCGGCAGCCAUGGCACUGUUUGGAGACCUGGUGGCUGCGAUGACAGACGGGGAGCUGAGCAGCCUGCGCACCCAGGUGCACCUGAGCAUGGUGCCCUUGCUCCUGCACCUGAAGGACCAAUGCCCAGCUGUCGCCAUGCAGGCCAAGUUCGCCUUCUACCGCUGCACCGUGCUGCUGCGCUGGCGGCUACAGCACACCCUCUUCUGCACGCUGGCCUGGGAGAGGGGCCUCAGCGCCCGCCACUUCCUCUGGACCUGCCUGAUGACCCACAGCCAGGAGGAGUUCAGCAUCCACUUGUCACAGGCCAUCAGCUACCUGCACAGCCACAACCACCACAUCAAGACGUGGGCUGCACUCUUCAUAGGUUAUACCAUCUGCCAUUACCCCCAGGCUAUGUCCCAGAUGGUGAACAACGUUGACACCAACCUGCUGUUCCACACAUUUGAAGAUCUCAAGAAAGACCCAGAGCCUGGCAUCCGGGAAUUCGCCACCAGGCAGCUCACCUUCCUUCCAGAGUUGUCGGCCAGACUCCAGAAGUGACUCCAGCGUCCUCGCCCGCCCCCUCCUCCCCUCACCUGGUCGGUCAGUCCUGCCCCAUCCACCCACACAGAGUUUGGUUGCAUAACAUUUUUCCAUUUAAAAGAAAGAUCUAGAUUCAACAAAGAAGCGUUACACCUGUCAGCUCCCUGUCCUCCCUCCCAGGGGCCCCCUCUGCUGUGACCUAGCUAAGCCCAGGAGGCACUGGCAGGACUCGGGGAUGGGGACAGGGGCAGGGGCAGGGCCAGGGCCAGAGAUGGGAUCAGCCUGGUCGGCGUGACCUGAGCCCGGGCCGUGUCUGGGCUGGCAGGGCGCGGCAGGGGCAGCCUCCGCUGUGGGCACUCACCCAGGUGCUCACGCAGGCUACAGCCGUCCCCAGCUGGAGCGCCGCUGUGACUAGGGGCUGGCAGUGGGGAAAGGGCGCCCUUGCCCAAGGCCCCACUGUCUCCCUCCACCCCUACAUCCUGCUUAGUCCAGCCAGGGCUGGCAGCAGGCCCUGCCCGCAGAGCCUGGCCCACCAGUGUGGCCUGAGGCAGGGGUCUUGGCUCUCUAAGCCUCAGCUCUUCCAUCUGUAAGACCCUAAGAAGUCUAAAUCCAGAGGAGGCUCCCCCUCAACUCCCAGAGAGCCACCUGGGGACCUGUCCAACCUUCAGCCAGGUCCUUCCCCCUCAGCCUUGGGUUUUCCCACGGGUGAAAUGGGCAGAUGGGCCCUUCCCUUCACUGUAGGUCCAGGGAGCACCUGGAGAGACCCUCCCACAGAGCCCUUCCUGGGGCCUCACCCCCAGCUGUGUCUUUCUCCAGACCCCGGCCAGGCCAGCCAGCGCCCCUCCAGCAGGACACCCCAGAGCCCGCCCCGUCCUUCCCUCCCUCCGGCCACACCGACCCUCACCCACACCUUGGCUGGGGCAGCUCCUGCCCUGGGAAGCCUUCCCCGACCUCCCACACUGCUCACCCCCAAGGCCCAGCUCCCGUGUCCCCUACCCCAGCCCCACCUCAACGCCCCCUCCCAAGGCGGAGCACGCCACCUCUCAAGGGUGGACCGAUAGCCUGUGAGCCCCGCGGGGCAGGGCUGCGCUGCACAAACCUUGGAUGAUGGGUUGAAAAAUAUAGCGACCUUCACCAAACACA